AUGUUUUUAAAUCCAUUGGGUUUUGAGGAAAAGGAACAGACAGAAAUGGAUAGCACCACGAGCAGCAGCACCACCCGGUAUUCUGAUAGCCCCACUACGGACUAUGGACCUUAUCUAUUUUAUACAUUGGAUUAUUCUUUUACUUUAAAUGCAAUUGAUGACUUAUUUUUUGAGAGGCAAGACUUUGUUUCAGCUAUUAUGGUUCUUUAUAUAUUUAUUUUCCUUAUUGGGAUGAUGGGAAACAUUGCUGUGAUACACAUAAUGUCAAUGAAGAAAAGGAAAAGGCGUCUUGCUGAUAUAUUUAUCACUCAUUUAGCAAUUGCUGAUUUGGUUUUCCUCAUUACUUUGCCACUAUGGACAAUUGCCCUGGGACAGAGCGACGGCUGGCCAUUUGGCAAUUUUAUGUGCAAGCUCACCUCCUAUAUUACCUCCGUCAAUAUGUUUUCCAGCAUUUUCUUCUUGACAUGCAUGAGUGCUGAAAGGUACAAAGUUAUUGUUCUAACAAAAAACAGCAAGGUUACCAGAACCAAAAAAUAUACACAAAUAAUAACUCUUGCAGUGUGGCUACUCUCAGCCCUUCUAGGCGUGCAUGUCUUUGUCUACAGAAGAGUCAUUGAGUGCCAGGGAAGAAGAUGCUGCAGCGAUGAGCAUUCUGCAUCCAGGACUGUGUUUAGACUGGUAACAAGGGUCAUUGCCUUUUUCCUGCCUCUUCUGAUCAUAACCGUGUGUUACUGUUCCAUAGCUUUGAAGCUCAACAAGCAUUUUACACGCAUGAAUAAAGACGAGAAGAGAAAGAAAAGAUCUGUUAUGACCGGACUCUGCAUUGUAGCCUUGUUUGUUACAGCCUGGUUGCCCUUCAAUAUUUUGACCCUGAUCCAGACAUUAAAUGAAUCUAAUUAUUUUCAUCUUGAAGCUAGAAGCAAAAUCAUCCUGGGCUACUCUGAGAGUUUUGCAACCUGUCUGGCAUUCAGCAACAGUUGUGUCAACCCCUUCAUAUGUCUGAUUUUUGACAAAUUUUUCCAAAAAGCCCUUCGCAAAAUGUUUGCAUGCCACAUUACUCAUAUGCUGAUGGCAAGGAGGAUCAGUCUCAGUUCUUCUGUUUCAAACAGCGAAAGAGACUCGGUGGUGUCCAGGGAGAUGUCAGCACUGGGGAUGUAAAGAGCUAGAGCAUAUCUUGGCACCACUGGGCUCAAGGCAAGAACCGACCCUGGGAAGGAUGCCAGUCCAUAGUAGGGUACGGUCCGUCAGAUAUUUCAGUUUAUAUAUGUUGUAAAAUUGGAGGAAAUCCAGAGAAAAGCUAAUUCCAGAUUGACAAGGACAUAAUCAGGAGUUGAACCCAAGUCAUUGAUAUACUGCGUCAGCACACUGCUUUCAGAUUUAUCUAUAACAAUCAUUUUUUUUGUAGAACCGUUCCAUAUGAAAACAUUUUUAAAACAAGACUGCAAAUAUGUAGUUAAAUAUUUCUUUAAUUGUUCAUUUUUUUAACAUGUUAUAUUUUCUGGCCUGCUUUUAUGUAUUUUAGAUGAGUUUUUCGCAAGCAUUCUACAUGGACAUUUUUCUUAUAUGCUAACGUCUUAACUAAAGUACAGUCUGACAGUGUAAGGCUACACAUCGAGCUCAUCUCUUUUUGAUGUAGUUUAUUUUUGAAAAAGUUCACACAUCUUUUCAAUAGCUGAGAUGGUGUAUGGAAAUAUCUUCACUUCAUCAAAGGUCAGUGGUGAGCUAUAACACAACUGUGGAACCAGCAAAGUUUCAGUUUUUAGAAAUGAGCAAGAAUGUGACCAUUUUAGCAUAGAAAAAGUCUAUUGUUCACACAUUAUGUCAAAUGUUUUGCUGCUCAAAUGUUUGAUAAAUUUGCUGAUUCCCUAACUGUACAUAACUUUUUGUAAUAAAUUACCAAAAAUUAAGGUAACGUACAAUUAAUUGUGCUGAAGUUGUCAAAAGUAUUUCUAUGU